GUUGUUUGGCACAGAUGUGUUGCGACUCUGUCACGUGACAGUGCGGCUGGCUGCUGUAUCUCGUCUUUGAGCAGCUAACGCUCAGUGUCCUGUGCAACCGCGAUCAAAACAGACGAUUACACCCCACAAGACUGGAGACAGAUGCCACCAGGCACAGUCGCUGGACGUCAUUAACUUCUUUCGAGGGAACCUAAGUAUUUACGUUUCAGAAAACCUGUUUACCGGUGUACUCAAGUAUAAUAUCCGAGCUUCUUCUGUGGAUCAGACCGAUCUACCUAUCCUUAUCAAAUGGAUGAUGGGGACUGGGGGAAUAGGUUGACUCACCCAGUCACCUUAAAUGUUGGGGGUCACCACUACACGACCUCUAUCUCCACUCUUCAACGUUACCCAGACUCCAUGCUGGGCGCCAUGUUCCGCGGAGACUUCCCCACCACACGGGACGCUCAAGGAAACUACUUCAUCGACCGGGAUGGGACACUUUUCCGCUACAUAUUAAACUUCCUGCGCACUUCAGAGCUCACUCUUCCUGUUGACUUCAUGGAGAUGGACCUUCUGCGUAAAGAAGCUGACUUCUAUCAGAUCGAGCCUUUAAUCCAAUGCCUCAGUGACCCAAAGCCUCUGUACCCGCUGGACACCUUUGAGCAGGUGGUGGAGUUGUCCAGUACCCGCAAGCUGUCCAAGUACUCCAACCCAGUAGCGGUUAUUAUCACGCAACUAACCAUAACCACCAAGGUCCACUCGCUGCUGGAGGGAAUAUCCAACAACUUCACUAAGUGGAACAAGCACAUGAUGGACACCAGAGACUGUCAGGUGUCCUUCACCUUUGGACCAUGUGACCACCAUCAAGAGGUGUCUCUAAGGGUCCACCUCAUGGACUACAUCACCAAACAGGGAUUCACGAUCCGGAACACACGGGUGCACCACAUGAGCGAGCGUGCCAACGAGAACACAGUGGAGCACCACUGGACUUUCUGCCGACUAGCAUAUAAAGUAGAAGAUUGACCAAUCUAUGAAUGUGCUACCAAAGGUGGUUGCUGCUGUUUCCAAUGCAAUGUUUCAAUCUGUAGAAAUUCCGUUGCCAUUUGAGACCAAGAAGAACAAAAAAAGAGGGAAUGAAAUGUAAAGGAUCACAUGAUGCAAUGCAGAAUGUUUCUCAAAUUAAUUAAAUUAAUAUAUGAUACAAACGUAUUUGCAAUACAUGUAGAUAUAGAUAAUACUCAAGCAUCUUUCAGUAAUCUAUGAACACCGUGCCCACAAUCAUAAAAGAUAAUAAUAAUAAUACUUGUUUCAGGUAUUCAUUCGUUCCAUCAGAUCAAAAAUAUAUCAAACAUUGUGCACUAUGUGCAACCUCAAGAUGUUAUUUUGCAUGUAUUUCUAACACAUUCUUUAAGUAUUAAGUGUCCACAUGCUGGGAAAUGCAUUUGAUUUGUUCAUCGAUUUAAAAAAAAAAAAAGCAUCAAUAUGAGUCAGUUGUGUGAUUAUCCACUGCGGAUGAUCCACUGCUAAAUAAUAGAGGCACAUUUCACUCAAAAAUAAAAAUACUGACCUCGUGUCACCCUCAGGUUUCUCCAAA